UGUACUAGCCAAAAGGACAGUCUGGCUUUGGAAAAUGAGCUGAACAAGUAGCAGGGGUGUGGAGUCAAUAGAGUAGGCGUGAAAAUUGGGAGAAGAGAGAUUACCUCUAUCCUUGAAAAACUUUUUCUUCUCUUCACCUCUCCUCCAAUUACUGAAAUCUCACUUAACAAUCCGCCAGUUACUGAAAUGUCACCUUUAAAUGUCUAUGACUCAACGAUAUUAAAUCAAAAUGUCCUAAAACAAUAGAAAAUAUUAUUACCCCUACACGAGGAAGACCCCAAGUUUAGUGAAUUCUUUCAUAUACAGUUCCUUCUGUGCUGUCUAGUACAUUAAUAUUUCUCUUAUAGCACAUAAAUUGUACAGAAUUUUAACUUUUUUACAUGUCUGCUUUCCCUCACUGUACUCUUGGAACAAUAGGGAACUUAUUUUACUGAUCUUUGUAUCCCCAGUGCCUAGGACAGGAUGAUAUCCAUUAAAUAGCAAAUGCCCAAUAAAUAUUUGAUAAUGAGUAAAUGUGAUAGUCAUUAUUUUUUACUUCUCUAAAUUGGCACCUCAUUGAAGGCAGAAUUCAAUCUUAAUCAUCUUAUCCCUAGCACCUAAAAGAAUUUUUGGCAUAUAUUGUUUCCAAUUUUUGUUUGCUAUCUAUCUUUAAAUUAAUUUUAUGUAUUCCACUCUCAUUGCUAUGGUUUAAUGUUUUAUGUUGGUCACUGAUAAAAAAUGUAAAGCCAAAAGAGGCCUUAUCAUCUAAUACAACCCCUUAAUUUCCUACAGGUGAAGAUACUUAGCCAAGAGAGGUCAAGUGAUUUCCCUACAGCAACUAGAAAACUCUGGAUUUAGAACCAGGUUUUCAGAUCCCUUAGGCUAGGACCUCAUUAUCUAAUAUUUUUUUCAACAAGUGUAUUUUGGUAUACUUACUCUGUAAAGAGACAUUUUAGGAUCCUGUUCUUAAAUUUGCAAUCUUGUGAAGAAUUUCAUAACCUAGUCUUGAAUAAAAUAUCAUUUGGCAAAAGAAGCCGAAGUGUGGUUUCCCUUUGGGUAGGAUUUUUCUGCACUGCUCAGCUUGUGGGAUCUCAGUUCCCUGCCCAGGGAUUAAACCUGCGUCAAGGCAAUGAAAGCUCAGAAUCCGAACCACUAGGCUGCUAGGGAACUCCUAGGAAUUUUUUUAAGUGGGAAUUUUUACCUCAUUUUAUUUCACUCUCAGUUUUACCUUUAAUAGUGUAAACAGUUUUAUUUUAUGUCCUUAAAUGUAAAUUUUAUUUUAUUUCUAGGUUUUCUUAUAUUUUCUAUGAGUAUCAGUCUCUGUAGUCUUCACUAGCAAUUUUGAUUUAAGCAGUUAGUAAAAGAGAAGAAUCAUUAACUAGAAGAAAAUGUCAAAUCUAAAAAUGAAAGAGGCAGCCCUUAUCUAUCUUGACAGAAGUGGAGGCCUCCAGAAGUUCAUAGAUGAUUGCAAAUACUACAACGAUUCAAAACAAAGUUAUGCUGUCUAUCGAUUCAAUGUUUUAAUAAAUCCCUCUGAUAUUGUUGAAUUGGAUGCUGAACUUGGAAAUCACAUUUUACACCAGCCUUUAAAAGCUGCUCAAGUUUUUCAAUCAGUCUGUUAUAUUGCUGUUAAGACUCUCUCACUAAUUGGACAGUUGCAGACUGAAACUCAAAUUAAUAUAGUGCUGAAGUUAACACAUUUACCUCCUCUGCCAAGUUAUUGUCUUGAUCUUUGUGAGUUUCCACGUGAUUAUACAUCUCAAAGAUUUUAUACAAUGCAAGGAAUUGUGAUUGCAAUGACAACUGUAACCAAGUAUACACAAGGUGCAAGAUUUCUUUGUUCAGAUGAAGCAUGCCCUCUUUCAAAAGGAUUUCAGUAUAUAAGAGUGCAUGUACCUGGUGCUACAGAAUCUGCAACAGUAAGAAAUGACUUUUUGUGUAAUCUAUGUUCAUCUUCACUUCAAGAAGACAGAAAAUUUAGAGUACUUGGUGAUAAACAGAUAGUUGAAAUAAUUACUGCAAAGUCACUUCAUGCUUUUCAAGGAUAUUGUAACAACCAGCCAUUUAGGUUUCAAUCUCUUACAGUCUUCCUCAGAGAUGAAUCAGUGAAUAAAAUGAAUAUAGGAAAUGAGUAUAAGGUUAUUGGAAUUCCAACCUGUGUAAAAACAUCACAAACUGCUGUCUGUGUAGAAGCAAAUAGUAUCACUUUUUGCAUUCCAAAAGUUCCUUCAGGAAUUAGUGACAAUUUCAGGUGUCUCCUCUCUCUGACUUCCAGCUCAUGCUGGAAGUUUACAGCCAUACUUGCCAACAUCUUUGCAUCACAGAUUGUUCCUCCUGGGACUUACAAUUUGCUCAAGCUCUGUUUGCUAAUGAGUCUAGUACAGACAAGUGACCGUAACAAGGAACUGGAAAAUUUCUUGGAUAUUUUAAUCGUAACAAGUGAUACUCUACUCAUAGACAGGCUUUUGAAUUUUAGUAUAAACCUUGUGCCCCGUGGUAUACGUCAUUCAGUCUCUACUGAAAUUUUCCCUACUCUAUCCAGGAAUAAGUAUGGAACUGGAGCAGUUAGCAUUCAAGCUGGCAGUGCUUUGCUAGCUAAAGGUGGUAUCUGCUUUAUAGGAGACUUGGCUUCACACAAAAAAGAUAAACUUGAACAGCUUCAGUCAGCUGUGGAAAGUAGAAGCAUCACAGUCUACAUCUCCGGAAAGAAGUUUGGGGAUGAUGUGGAUCAACAAAUGACUUUUCCAGUUCAGUGCAGUUUUUGGUCUUUUCUUGAUAUGGAUUCACCUUCAAGGAGAAAUAUACAGAAAACCAAUAUGCUAAUUGGCCAGAUGGAUUGCAGUUUAAUUCCAGCUAAUCUUGUAGAGGCAUUUGCAUUAUUGAUUAACUGCAAUGAAUCAUCUCCUUGCCACCCACUUCUUCCAACUGUGCAACAUACUUUAAAGAAAGGCAUUGAUCCUGAAGGGCUGCUUUAUUUAGCUUCUAAACAGUUCACAACUGAAGAUUUUGAAAAGCUGCUUGCUUUUGCAAAAAAUUUGAAUGUCGAAUUCAGCUUGGAGGCAGAAAGAAUGAUUCAUGGCUAUUACCUAGCAAGUCGCAGAAUCAGAACAGAUUCUAUAUGUGGAUCAAAACUGUCAGCAUCUGCAUUAAAAUAUUUAGUUUCCCUAUCUGAAGCCCAUGCUCGACUGAACUUAAGGAAUAAAGUGCUUAAAGAAGAUGUACUAAUUGCAGCCUUAUUAUUUGAAACAUCUCUAACACUGAAAUAUGGGGCCGCUGUAUUUUGUGUUGCUCCAAAUGCAGUGUUUCCAUUUGAACAGUAUAAUGAAGAAUAUUUAGAGCAAAGGGAUGUCUAUCUGACUGAGUGCCAACAACAGCUCCAGCAGUUUAUUGCUACAUAUGCACCUGGGACAGCUAUUUUUGCUAGUGAUGAAUAGGCAGUGAGGAAACUUUUUUUUCUUCAUUCCUUUUUAAGCAAUGGAAAAAAGUGUGAAUGAUUUAAGUGAUGCUUCAGGCAAUCUUGUGUGUACAUACAUUAGAAUGUACCUACAUUGUGUAGGACACAUUAGAAUGUCAUCUUAAAAUAUAUUUCUUCAAAUUGCUAAUGGAAUAAACACUAAUCCAAAUGUCAAAGCCAGCAGCAGAAAUUUAUGUUAGGAGAAUUUUAUUAAAAGAAAAAACUUCUAGUUAGCCUAGUAUACCAGUGACCCACAGAUUAAAAUAUGAAGAAUG